AUGGCAAAAAGGAAUUGGGCAAAAUCAUGCUGUGGAGUGAUGAACAGCAUUCUAGCAGCGCUGGCAUUGUAUGGGACUCUAUACUUAGCAGUACUCAUCUUCGAAAGGGGAGCUCUUCCAAAAUCGCCAUCUGAACUUUACAAGAAACCCUCUCAUGGAUCGUCUUCUGAACAUGGUUCUACACCCGUCCCCCCUCCACCCGCAACACUACAUAUCGAAAAGAUCAAUCCACAUGCAAAUUGGUUCAACAGACCCGAGAGUUUGGUUGUUCCAAAGGAUGACUAUUUGGGAAAACGACCACACAUCGAUACGGUUGCGAAUCUAACAAAAUUAGUGGAAGAAUGCAGAGGAUCAUACAAAAAAAUUGAGAAAAUGCCAUACGUUUUCGACUGUUUGAAUUAUAUGAAUGAGGGUGAGAAGGAAUAUUAUUACAUGCCGGCACAAGGAGAACGAGCAAGCGAGCAGCCCCCCAAGUUGGCCGAGUAUCUCAAUUCAGAUGGUCGGGAUAACUCUUUGGCUCAGUACCCAUCACAGAAAGCUUACUCAAAGUCCUCAUCUGGUCAAUGUAAUGGGCCAAUUGUACCAUAUCACACUUACUGGACUGGCCCUGCGACUUGGAGAGUGGAGCUUUUUAUAAAAAGUUACUUUUAUACGCAAAAUCUUCCUUGCUCAAGGUUAUUCAUAUGGUUAGAUGGAGACAGGGACCCAAAUGCCAUCGACAAGUUUACGACCAGAGACCCUCUCUUUGAAAAGUUUGUACCAUUCGUCGAAAGGGGUGACAUCACUCUGAAAUUGUGGAAAUUUCCCUCUAGAAUACCACUACCACCUGGAGAUAACACGGAUGGACGUGGAUAUUACAAAAACCCAGGAAAACCCAAUCCAAAAGGCGAGGUUCUGGUAGCGGAUGGACUUAUCCGAGAUUCAAACGACCAGGAAUGGUUGAUAUUGACAGAGAAGCAAAUGACAUUCUUGCCGGUUGCAGUUUCAGAUGCUAUGAGAUUUGUUGUUUUGCACAUAUAUGGAGGAUCUUAUUAUGAUAUGGAUGUUAUCAUGCUACGAGACAUGCGACCGUUACUCAUUGGAGAUGAACAUUCAUUUGCAGAACGUUGGGGAGGGCAUUCCAGUCCUGGUGACUAUAACACUGCGGUGAUGUCUCUGACAGCCAAUUCUUCUUUAUCCUCUUAUCUUCUACGAGGUGGUGUGAGAAUGGGAUUGAACUUUCACCCUCGAAUCAUUGGCGUUAUGGCUGUAAAGGAUGGCCGAAAUCAAGAAUUCAACAUGUUGGAGACUGCCGCUUUCGACCCGAUCUGGACUGAAUUCAACUGGGAUAGAUUAGGAAGAUGUACAGUUCCAUGUAUCAAAGAUUAUGGACAAGUAUUCAAAGGAAAGAAUGCUUUCCCAAAUCACGAUGAAUGGGAAAGCUAUGAUGGACCACAACUGAAGCUAGCCUCAGAGACCAAACCAAAGCAUUUCUGGGAAAUGAGGUCUAUUGAAGAAGCAGAAGUUGAGAAGCGUGAAGUUACAACAGAACGAGCAACAACAGGAAAUGGUCUCGAAAUGGUGACUGUUGAUCGAGCAGCAUUAAGCAAAGCCGAGUACAGAUUGGAAGAGGACAAAUAUCCACCAACAAAUCGAACUCUAGAGAAUUUCUUCCGAGGCGCAUGGACAUAUCAUAUUCACAACCAGUGGCGCAAAAAUCCUGAACCAUCAUCAUGGCUUAACGUCAUUCAAAGAGCGCAAGAUGGUUUCUUCUCUGGUUCACGCACCAAUCCAUACGGCGAGACAUGGCAAGGUCUUGAAUUACCUCAAUACGAAACAUCUUGGGAAUACGCAUAA